AUGUCGGACCAAACGCCAGUUGAUCAGAUUCCAUCUGCAGUCGUGCCUGAGAAGCGCGAGGAAUCCGUGGAAGUAGCUGAUAAGCCUGUGGAAACUCCCGCGACUACUACGGAAAACACCGAAUCGACUGCAGCCAAAGAAGAGCCUGCCAGCACCCCAGUCAAGACUGAGGAAUCUGUAAAGGAUGAUACUACCACUACUGCGGCUACUACGGAGCCCGAAGUCGCAGCGCCCGAAGAACCCAAGGUCGAGAAGCCAGCUUAUCUGAGCCAGAACCCGGCGCUGGGCGAGUUGUUCGACCGCCUGCCGACCAUCAUCGGUGACACUGGACACAAUGAGAUGUGGGGCAUCACACUCAAGGACAGCGAUGACAUCCCCACCGUCAACGUGUUGAUCAAGUUCCUGCGCGCAAACGAAGGCAACGCCAAGGCUGCCGAGAGUCAGCUCACCAAGGCCCUCCAGUGGCGCAAGGAUGUGAAUCCAUUGGGAUUGGUUGAAUCCGCGAAAUACAGCGCCGCUAAGUAUGGAGGUCUGGGAUACUUGACAACCUAUGAGGAGAAUGGACGACCAUUGGUGUUUACCUGGAACAUCUACGGAGCCGUGAAGGAUAUUACUGCGACCUUUUCCAAUACAGACGAAUUCGUCCAAUGGCGCGCCGUUCUCAUGGAACUCGCCGUGCAAGACUUGAAGAUGAAGGACGCUACCGAGGUCAUUCCGUAUGACGGCGAGGACCCCUAUCAGAUGAUCCAAGUGCACGAUUACAUGAACGUCAAGUUCUUCCGUAUGGACCCUGCUGUCCGUGCCGCAACGAAGAAGGUGAUCGAGGUGUUCGCCACAGCAUACCCAGAGCUCCUGAGAGAGAAGUUCUUUGUCAACGUCCCUGCCAUCAUGGGCUGGAUGUUCACCGCUAUGAAGUUUAUCUUGAGCCGCAACACCACGCGCAAGUUCCACCCGAUUACCAACGGUGUCAAUCUGGCGCGGGAGUUCUCCCCCUCAAUUGCCGAGGAGAUCCCCAACGUCUAUGGUGGUAAGGGUCCGGAGCUGAAGGAGAACGCUAGGUUUGUCCCCUUGGUCGAGGACCAGGCAUUGGACACUCAGGAAAAGGGCAAGGCUCCCGAGGAGCCUAUUGCUGCUGAGCCGCCUAAGGAGGAGGCUGCCAAGGAGGAGGCUGCCAAGGAGGUUGCCAACCCAGAUGUUCCCAAGGCUGAGUCUCUGAAGGAAGAGCCCGUGAAGGAUGGAGCGCAGUAG